CAAUGAAUUAUCCGGGUGGGGCGGGUGUUUGUGAAGAUUUUUUAUGGUUAUGUUCGUGGAUUAUUUGUCUUUCUUGUGGCAGAAGGAUUGAUGCUUCUUCUGUACCACCCCCUCCAUCACUAACACAUGCAGAGUCAUUGCAUUGAUGAUUCUGCAUCUUGAAUUCCAGGGUUUAUCUUCCUGUGAAUUCGGAUUUGGCGUUGAGUAUUAUCAGGGAAUUGCGGGGGGCGAGUAAACAUUUAUUAAAAUUUUGAGUCAUGAAUGCGGUUCUAACAGACAGAAGUCACAGGCCCAAGUGAUUCUUGGUUAAUCUCACCUUUUUUCUCGUUCAUAGGUCAAUAGUCGGACAACUAUCGCGGACAUAACGUUUAUUAUCGUUUAUCACUGAUCAGUGAGUGAGUUUGGUGAGCAGCACAAGUUGAAUUAAUGGAAGAAAUUGAAGAGAAUUACGGUGGAAUGUACAUCGCCAAUGUGCUAUGAACAAUAUGUUCAAUGUUUUGGCGAUGAAUAAUGAAAAAUCCAGUGCUCAGUCUCUUCUCAUUGCUCGUAGACAAUAGAAAUGGUGAAUGAAUCGGCGACAGUGGAAAUUAAGAAAAUAAAGUUUCCAAUUUUUUUUUGUUCAUCGUAGUACGCGGCGACUACGCCGUCUCCUUGUGCGCGAACUAGCUCUGUUCCAUCAGAAAACGGUGUUUCUGUCUCCAGUAGUGCACGUUGACCCGGCGAGAACGCCCGAGCAACAACGUAACGCUUUUUAUUAAACAAUAAAUAACGUAUAUUUGGGAGAGAGCUUUGGAUCGGUCAGUGUACGGACGACAUACGGGAAUGAUUAAUUAGGGAAUCAUAUGGAAUACUUCAGAGACCCUGAGCACCGAGGCGUGGUAGAGCAUCAAGAACGUGGGAGAAAAGCGACGACGGGGAUCAUGUCUGAGUUUAUUGGUGCGCGUGUGUAAAAAAAAAUACGAGUAAAGCAUUAAAAGAGAGGAGAGUAAUUGUAAAAAAAUUUAAAGGUUAAUGGCGAUUUACAAGUUGUAUGUAUAGAUGUUAUAUAUGUAACGUGAAUGUAUAUGAAGCUGAGAAGAAGUGUCAAGUGUAGAGGGAUAACACGGAGGGAUGAUAAAUAAGUGAAUUUUCGUGCUCGAUAAAAGUGCAACUUCCUUCUCUCAUCAAUACCAGUGUUCUCAACUUCAUUUCAAACUGAAUUUAUUUGUCACAAAAGUCAGUUCAAUAUUCAACUUCAGGUAAUCACGAGAAAAUUGGUGCGGAUGCACGGACGCGCGUGCAAACGCGUGACUAUACAAAGUGCAUCAGUGUGGGCAUUCAUUUGUGUUUGUGAAUCCUCGUGACUUGGGAGGAUUUAACGCGGGAAAUUCGUGUUCUUCCUGCAGCGGAUGACGUCAUUACUGUACAUAAUGCUCCAAGGGUGAUGGAGACAGUGGGCAAGCAAGUCCAGGUAGUGAGUGGACUGGGGGUGGGGGGUCCGGUGGGGGGAGAUCUUCACCAUCAUCACCACCCCCACCCCCACGGGGGGCAUGGACACUCCCUAGUUGGCGGUGCAUCCACCCCCGCUCGCGUGCAGGCCCAAACACAUCAGGGUCAACCGCCACCGCCCUCGCACAAUCAGCAUUUACCAGCGAGAUCCACACCCGGACAGCUGCACCGUCCAAAUCAGAACUACAUAAACAUCAAGAGCAACAGUCCAGUACCACCGCGCACUGUAGCUGUCAGUAGUUAUGGACAGGGUGGAACAGGUACACCGUCGGUUGCUGGUGUAGGUCCACCAGGUAACAGUGGCACUGGAUCAACUGUUGGGGUUACAGGCUCUGGCGGUGGUAAUUACGUAACCGUACCAGUACCAAGUGGUCUUAGAUAUGUGCAUUCUUAUCAACCACCACCGGUACCAUCCGCCCCCGUCAAUCAAACACCACCACCACCCGGUGCAGCCGCCGCUUACACCAGGGAUCCAUACAGAAAUGCAACAUCUAAUGUGUCGGAGAGGGUGGCAAUAAGUGUCAGCAGUAGUCCAGUAAGCCAAGUGGGUGUGGGUGUUGGUGUUGGCGCUAAUGAAUAUCCUCCGAAUAGCCGGGGUGACCGUCCACGAAUAUCCCUGUUACCACCAGCAUCAGUAGCACCAUCACAAUCACCAACAAAUGCUGAUUAUCAUGUUACGAGUAAUAGGAACCAACGGGUAUUAAUGCCAAUACUCGGUGCUGACCAGUAUGGCAGACAAGUGGAAAUGGCAACGUUACAGGAGGCACCGCCCUUCAAGAAGAUACGUCUUGGUCAGCCCCAGCAACAACCAUCGUGUCAGACUAUUUCACCGGCCGAUGUGUGCAUUAAACAGGAUCAUGCACAGCUGCCUCAACCACUCAGGAUAGACACACGGCCGACAGCAGGUGCCUACACACCACAGACAGAGGCCAUAUCACCUACCCUACCCGAGCCAACAAUUCAAGAAGAUGCAGCAUUUCGUGUUACCAAGGAUGAAUUGCUUCAGCAAAUUGGCAAAGUUGAUCGUGAAAUUGCUAAACGAGAGGGUGAAAUAACGACGCGUAGGAAAAAGCUCAAGACAUUGGAGGAGACAGCAAAUAAACCCCUCGAGCCGAGUGGAUUAAAACGACCGGUUGAGGAGCAAUCACAACCGAAGCAUCAGUCACCGGCCCAGAAAAUUUAUGCUGAAAAUAGAAAAAAAGCGGAAGAGGCGCAUCGGCUAUUAGAUAGGCUAGGGCAGAAGGUAGAGCUGCCAUUGUACAAUCAGCCGUCAGACACCAAUGUCUAUCAAGAGAACAAAACGAGGCAUCAGACGUGCAUGAGAACACGACUUAUUGCUAGAUUACGUAGGGAGCACUCAGAACGUGCCUCACUCCAUCGACAACAGGCCCAGACUUAUGCGAUACUUGUUCAAGAGUGGCAUCGCAAGGUUGAGCGACUAGAGUCAGCGCAGAAGAGAAAAUCUAAGGAGACGAAAAAUCGAGAAUUUUUCGAGAAGGUAUUCCCGGAGUUGCGGAAACAACGGGAGGACAAGGAGCGUUUCAACAGGGUUGGUGCUCGUAUAAAGAGCGAGGCUGAUCUUGAGGAGAUUAUGGAUGGGCUUCAGGAACAAGAGGAAGAGGUAUCGGCAGAGUUAAAAAAAGCUAUUGCAAUCCGUCAGAUGGAGGAUAAGAAGAUGCGUUCGUAUGCUGUUAUUCCACCCUUGCUCCUCGAUGCCAAACAAAGGAGAAUUGCAUUUCAAAAUAGAAAUGGUUUACUACAACCUGAGGAGCUGGAGGCACUUCACAGCGAGAGAAAAUUGAUAAAUGUUUGGAGUGCUGUUGAGCAUGAAUUGUUCAAAGAAAAAUAUCUACAGCAUCCCAAGAAUUUUGGAGCAAUAGCUCAAAACUUAGAACACAAAUCAGUUCCUGACUGCGUGCAUCAUUACUACCUCACUAAAAAAGCUGAAAAUUAUAAACAAUUAUUGCGAAAGUCGCGACAGAGAACGCGCAGUUCUCGAAAUAAUCCUAACAAUAAGGUAAACAAUAGUAAUUCUAGCAUUGGACCGAUAGAUAUAUUAACGACAGGUGUAACGACGAGACUGCAACGUGAGCAGCAACAGAAGACCCAAGAAAAUCCCCAAAAUAAUUCAACGUCAACCACUACCUCGUCCACAACAACUACUACGAACACACCCCCAACAACAACAACAAUAACAACCAGUGCAUCUAGUUCUUCACAAUCAACUACAUCGCUAACCACAAGUAGUAGUACAGCGAGUGAUACAGGAAUAGUGACAACUGCUGCCUCCGUCCAGAGUACGACAGCAUCGACGACAACUGUCUUGACAACGUCAACGUCGAGCGCCAAAGAGGCGAGAGAAGCUAACAAGGAGAAUAAAGAGAAUAAAAAUGACACCAAGGAGUCAGUGGUGAAGGACAUCAAGGAGGAGCCCAGUGGAGAUUCUACAACGAGGAAGGACACCAAGUCGGUGGAAAAUUCGGGUGGUAAUUCGUGCGCGAGUGUGGUGGGUGCAAAUGAAACAGUGGUACAAACAUUUGAAACGAAGGAUAAGAAGAAGCAAGCUGCUGCAGCAACGGCCAAUGUCGCGAGUAAUCGAACGAAGGACAAGAAAAAGGAGAAUCAUGCAGCACCAAUGGAAACCAGUGACGAGGAGGCCCAGACAGUCGAUCCAAUUGAGAGUGGGAGACAGCUGGGUCCUCAUGCAUGUGCAAUAUGCCAAAAUGUCGUCGAGGGUGGCAACCAGUCGCGUGCAUUAUCACGCAGCCAGGCAUCUCAGUAUGGUCUCAGGGAGGAUCAGGUGCAGUCUGGUGCACGUGUAUGCAACACAUGCAGGUGCAAAGCUGUCCGGGGUCGUUACACUGCCUGUCCCCUUCCGGGCUGUCCAAAUGUCAAUAAUGCCAAUAAUAAGACGAGAGUUAAAAGACUCAGGGCACUGCCACCAAAAUGGAUGGAAUUACCCUCAGAAAUAAGGGAUCCUGUUAUUCAAGAAUUUCAAAUACCAAGCAAUACCACAAAAUGCUGUUCAGCCUGUUUCAACCGAAUAUCCCGUCGUUUGGCGCCUCAUUUGUCGGGCGGUGUUGAUGCAUUUGAUGAAGCAUCUGAAUCUAUAGCCCGACAAUGGACCGAAGAUGAACUCAAACAAAUGAGACGUGCCCUGCGUGAGCUUGGAACAAAUUGGUCAAAAAUAUCAGAACAAAUACCUGGUAAAUCCAAUCACCAGUGCAAAAAUUACUAUCUUACUUAUCGUAAGAAAUUAGGCCUGGAUCAGGUAGUGGCUGAGUACUAUCAGUCUCUCGGUGAAGAGAGACGGCCAUGUUUGACGGAUGAGGAGGAGAGUGGUAGUAGUACAAGCAGCUGUGACGAAAUGGCUGUGCAUGAUUCGAGUGAUACUGCUAGUGCUGGUAGUCCUGCUAACACAAUAUCAAGCAGUACACCUGGCCCCGUAGGGCCAUCGACGGGCACUGGAACAAUUAAAGUUGGGGGAUUUGCACAAGAGAGUACAGCCGAUAUAAGAAUUUCUCUUGUUCCCCCUGCCCCUGCUCCUACUGGCUCACAACAAUCCACGGCUGUUCCUGGACAAGCGACCAAUAGUCGAGAGGAUUACGAUAGUUCUGCUACGGAGACGGCGGACGAGGGUCAGGGUGGGGCAGAUGUGGAAAAUGCAAAUUCAACAGCACCAUUAACAACAUCAACAAGUACAAGUACAAUAUUACAAUCACAAACGGCCUCACAGUUGCAACAACCAACGCAACGAGAACAACCACCACCAGGGCAUUCACCACCAACAACAAGCAAUGCCAAUCCACUAACUGUCAAGGAUCUUAUGUUCGAUGUUAUUGAGAUGCAGCUCAAACGAAAUCCUAAUAGUACAUCAACGAGUUCUGUGACACCUACGAUAUCCAGUAUUUUGAAGACAGAUCACAGAAACGAUAUCACAUUUGUUCGUGAAUUUAAGCCAUCGUCGAGUUUACCCUCUACUGCCAUGUCCAAUAGGGACUCGAAUUUGGCAACACUGUCAGUCGUUUCUGUACCCCAUCAUAGAUCAGCCCCGAGUCCUCAACAAAUUGGUCAAAUGCAGGCGACAAUAACACCAAUGCCCCCAGCGCCCCCACCAAACCAGCCCCCCUCAGCGGAUCUCCUACCAAAAGAGGGUCUCGUAGUGAUGCAAGUCCAGCAGGCCCUUCGCGAAACGGAGGGUACUCUCGACCUCAGCAUAAAGAAGCCCCGACAGCAACCUCUUCCACCUCAAUCUCAGCCUCCGCCCCCGGACUACAACCACGCUCUCCAACAACCUCAUAAAACUCCCCAGAUAACAAUGUAUCGUUCAGAGCCCCCACCAGGUGCUUACUACCAUCCGCACGCUCACGAACAGGGUCGAGGAGCAAAGAGCCCGUUAGUGUACGUCUCAUCUCCUCGUCCCCAGGCGCCAAUCACCCCGAAGAUGAACAAAGUGACAGUACCCCCAUCUCAUCCGAAACUCUCCCCAAAAUUAGCAAAUAUGGGAACCCCCCACAAAGGUGGUUCAAUAACCCAUGGAACACCAGUCUCAGGUGCAAGAUACGAAGGUCUCCUUCGUCAGAUGACACCGCCAGGUACAUCAUCGUCAUCAGCAAAUCCACCACCUCCAAAAGAAUCUGGCUCCAUCACUCAGGGCACUCCAGUUCUCCCCUUCCCCGUGGAGAAACGUUCUAUGUAUGAUUAUCACCGUCCCAUAAGACACUCACCAGCAACAACGAAUGCUCCACCUCAGAGCCCCAAUCAGGGUGUCGUCGUUACCCACAGCAAUUACAAUUCCUACGCACCAAGACCUCCGCCACCAAGUUAUACAAUGGAGCAGCAGCUGUCUUCACGCCAGAUAAUCAUGAACGACUACAUUACGAGUCAGCAGAUGCACCAGCGUAGAGGCACAAGUGCUAGCAACGAGAGUGCAAGUAAAACAGAGCAACAACCAGCUACUCUCUACUACACGAGUACCCCACCACCUCCAGCCCCUCCUCAAUCUCACACACAAGCGCGACAGGGUGUGAUCCAAAGGCACAAUCCCCAGAAGCAAAUGCAUUAUCAUCCACCACCUGCAGGGCUUGAGGCUUUUUCAAGUUUAGUUGAUGUUGCUGUUCAACAACCCAGCUUACCUGUACCUCAUCCUCAUAAUCAUCCUCCUUCAGGAAGUAGCCACGAGGGCCUCGGUAAAACGAUGGCAGAUCGAUUGCUCGCUGAUAGAUAUGUAGAUAAUAAUCGCGCUUAUCGUGAGCAAGAGCUGAGAAUUCAGGAGCACGGUUGGAGAAUGGCUGCUGCACAUCAACAACAGAGGGACAGAGAACGAGAUUUGGCGCAUAUACGUGAGAAGGAGGAGCACAGAUUGCAAAGGGAGAAGGAGUUACAGCAAUUGGAGCACAGGUUAGCUGUGCAACAUCAUCAGAGGGAGAAAGACAUCCAACAGGAGAGGAUAGACAGGGAAAAGCAAUUGCAACAUGAGCAUAUGAUGCAGCAAAGGGAGAAGGAGGAGAGGCUAAGGGAGAAGGAGAUUCAACAUCAGAGAGAGCAAAUUGCUGUGCAUCAAAGAGAAAAGGAACAUCAGGAGCACAGGAUGGCACAGCAAAGGGAGAAGGAGAUUCAACAUCAGAGGGAACAGCUGGCUGUGCAUCAGAGGGAGAAGGAGAUGAGGGAGAAGCAGGAGCAUAGAAUGUUUGUGCAGAGAGAAAGAGAAAUGGUGCAUCUCCAUCAACACCAGAGGAUGCAAGAACAGCAACAGAUGCAACAGCACAUGCUGGGACAGAGAAUGGAGGCUGAGAGACGACACAUGGCUCAGAUUUAUAGGGAUCAGCAGCAUCAGCAUAUUGAUAGGGAGUCUGGAAGGCUCCUUGGCAGUAGUUUCUCACAAUCUUCGAGGUCUCAGCAAUCGCAACAACCACCUUCUCAACAACCGUCAGCAUCUUCGAGGCCUAGUCCUGCUUCUUCGAAUUCCCAGUCUGGAGAUAAUUCAUCUACACUCACUGCAGCCAGUCUGAUUGAUGCGAUUAUCACUCAUCAGAUCAAUCAGAGCUUUAAAAGCACUAGUGGAACACCUGCUGCUAAUAAUCAGCCUACUAGACCGGGUGAUAGACUGUUCCAGGGAUUCCAUCGUGAUACUCAAGCUGAACCAAACGGUGUAGCCCACAGUCCAGCAGCUGAGAGUUCUGUGGCCAACAGUGGCCCACCCAGUGAACCCCCGAGGGAAGGAAAAACAAUAACCCUUGGCGAACACAUCGAGCACAUCGUUACGAAGGAUUAUGGCCCACCACAUGCAUCCUACCGUUCGUACCCAGGUUAUCCAUUGGCUGACGAUCAAUGGAAGCGUCGUGAGGCGGAUCCUGAACCUGGCAAGCCUGGUGACGAGCGCCAGAUAAUCCGUGUAUCCCAAGGGCAACAGCAGUCACAGCCCCCUCCUCAAUCCCAGCAGGCCCCAUCGUCUGUUGCAAAGCAAUUUCACAGUGUAGAACCUGUAUCUCCACCAGAGACAACUCAAAAUCACUAUGCCAGACGAUUUUAUGAGUCCACAACCGCGACAACGACAUCAGGAACGCCUCCCAAGCCUCACCUGUCCCCCUUGGACUACGUGAAGAAUAAAAUAGUUGAGGUGAUGAGGACCUCCGAAGACGAUAAAACAGGUGGUAGUGGAGAGAGAGGCAGUGGCAAUGGAACUGGUGAUAAAGAUGAUAAACCUGCCGAGAGCCCCUCAGGUGAUAUGGUCAUCGAUGAGAGCCCAAAUCCACAGACUCAACAGCCACCACCAGCAUCAACGACCUUUUAUCCAUUUAGUGCGCUAGGAGUUCACACAGGACCACCACCAGCACCUCCUCCACCCACUGCUGGCUCCACCACUGUAACAAAAAGCGAACAGAUGGAGUCAACACCCCUUCUCUCAGCCCAGUACGAACCACUCUCCGAUGAGGAUUGACCGAACACCUGGUGCCAUCUCCAUCUUUGAUGUCUCGCUGUCUAGCGGCUUGCUUAAAAAUGAUUUUUUUUUAUCAAUCUUUCAAGGGUCUUCUUAUUUGGGAAGAAAUCAUUAAUGAAGAUAAUUUCUUCAAUUCUUUUUUAUAAAUAUCAUUUUUACGUGAAUUUGAAUGCUAAAGGACUAUAGGGAAAUUUAUGAUUUUAUAAAUUUAGCGUUGUACAUGAUUUUUUUUUAUCGAUAUGUCAUUCCAGUCGACUCUGCACUUUUUUUUAUUGAAUUUUAGGAUGAAAAUUUUCAUAACUUUGUGUCGAAAUUUUUUUUUCUCGGAAUGAUCAAGUGCGUGGAUUAUUAAAAAUCUGAGUCAUUCCUUUUUUUUUUUUGUUUUGUAAUGAGGAAGAUUAUAAGGUGGACAAGUCCAACGAGAGGAUAAACAUUGAUGUGGAUAAAGAGAUUUAAUGAAAUUAACAAAAUGCCAGCUUGCUAGUGCAUGGCAUCGACGCUUAUUUGCAAUUACCCGAUGGACAACUUAAAUUGAUGAGUUAUUGACCAACAGUGAAAGGUUGAUAAUGAUAUAUUUGGAUUGUCGUGUUUUGUGCAAAAUGAAUGGUAAUAAUAUUUUCUUUUGUAUAUAUUAUAAAUGGAGAAUCGUUCAAACGACGAAAAAAUGAUACGACGUUAAAGGUGUGUGUGUUUUUAUUUUGAAUGAGUCUGUGAUGAGUACCAGUGUGAGAUAUUAAAAAGUUAAUACUGUGUUUUAGAAUCCCAUUUGACAAACAUUUUGGUGAAAAAAAAAAUAUGACCGAGUAUGCAAAUGAAGGUUUACCACACAUUUCUGAGGGUACAGAAAGAACGAGAGAUCUCGUACGAUUGUGUGAUGAAUUUACGUCUAUGAAAUGAAAAUCAUCCCUAUUCUGUUCAAUUAAUUUUCAUUUUCUUUGGUAAAAGUGGUUGAUAAAUUUGUAAUAUGUAAGCGUUGUAUAUAGUACAUAAUAUUUACAUUUUAAGACGAGCAAGUAAUUAUAUAAUUACUAGAUUAUAUUAAUAAUGAUAAGUGGCUAGAAGUUUUUAGUAUGUAAGAUGAAAAAAAGUUUAGGUAGCAUUAUAGAAGGUAGAAAUUAAAAAAAAUUAAUGAAAAACAACAAAAUAAUUCACAAAACUGACUAGGGAACUUCUCUCAAGACUACGUUCUCUUCAUGAGAAAUAAAAUGAAUAAUUGAAAACGACAAAUUGCAGACGAAACAACAAAUUAUGAAAACAUUAAUAAUAAUAAUAUGAAUUAUCAAUGGAAGAAUGAAUGUGAAUUUUAUUUGAGUCAUUAAAUUAACUGAAAAUUUCUUAUUUUCCUCUUUUUUUUCAGAUGAGAGAAAAAAACAUUUAUCCAUGCCCAUGUGCAUUCACAUUUGUUUAAACCAAUGGAUGAACACUCAUUUUUUUUUAUACAGCCUAAUUUUAUAUUUGUACGUGAAUUUGAAUUGCUGGGAGACAUGCGCCUCAAAUCAUCAUUAUUUCCGGCUUCAGAUCCAAAUGGAAGGCGAGGAAAAAUGUAAAGGUCAAGAUUAUUUUUAAAUAAUCAAAUUGUCGUUUUUUCAACUCUUUAGCUUAUUUCCUUUUGUAACUGCGAUUAUUGUGAAUCGCUGGAUCAUUUCGAAUUCGAACACAAGGAGACCGGUGCCUUUGAAGAUGUAUUAUUAUCGAAUAAAUAAUAUGUGUAUCAUGAAAA